AUGUUUGAUCAGAUCCUGGGCACCAUAAUCCUCGUCUUUUUCAUCGGGUCGAUCUGCGAUCCUCGAAAUGGGCUUCCAGACUUUUUGAAGCCGGCCUUUAUCGGGCUACUCUUAACGCUAAUAGGAAUUACGCUAGGGAUGAACACCGGCUAUGCGAUUAACCCGGCUCGCGAUUUGGGGCCACGAUUGUUGUGCUGGACAGCUGGAUAUGGGGAACGGCUUUUUCAAGACCUCAGCCACCUCUACUGGAUUCUCGUACCCGUUAUUGGCCCCCUUAUCGGAGCCGUUUUGGGUGGCUGGCUGUACAGGGGAUAUCAAUAUCUCACCGAUGAGGCUAGAUGCCUGGCUGCUGAAAACGAAAAGCCAGAAAAAUUCGAUGUA